UAAUAUUAACUGUUCUUUACGUCUUCGGUGCGGACGCGCUGUACUACAUUUGCUGCACAUACAUUCAAGUACAAUUCAGGUUGUUGCAACAGGAGAUACAGGGUAGUAUUCCUGAAACUGUACAUAACGAUGGAAGACAACGUUUAAGCAGGAAAACGAACGAGGCAUUGGGGUUGAAGUUGGUCAGAAUUAUUAGGUGGCAUCAGGAUAUUAUUAAAGCUGUGUAUUUAUUGGAAGUGAUUUACUCUAAAUCGACGCUCAUUAACUUCGUAUGCAGUUCCUUUCUGAUUUGUCUCACUGGGUUUAAUGUUACGGAGAUAGACGAUAAGGUAUUCGUAGUGUCGUUCUUGAGUUUUCUGAUCAUCUGCUUCUUUCAAAUAUUCUUUCUGUGCUUGUUUGGAGACAUGAUCAUGCGAUCUAGUACAGAAGUAAGCAAUGCCGUGUAUGAAAGUAAAUGGCAUUUGGCUAGUGUUCAGCAGGCUAAGGUUCUGCACAUCAUAAUGAUGAGGGCUCAAAAACCUUGCAAGCUGACAGCUUACAGUUUCACUGAUGUCAAUUUGACAGCUUUCACUAAG